AUGGCAGAUCCCCUCAGCAUCGCCGCAAGCAUCGUUGGCAUUGCCGCUGCCGGCGCCAAUGUCUCUCUCACGCUCUACCAGUUCGCCGACGCGGUAGGCCCAGCCGCCAAAGAUGCGAAGCAAAUAGGAAACGAUAUUUCCCAUUUUUGCGCCAUUCUCCACUUGCUCGGAACCACGCUCGAAGAAGCGGACGUGGCAUCGAUCGCGCCAUGCGCAAAUGUUGCCGAAGAGAUGAACGAGAGGUGUCUGAAGAUGUUCAUCGAGAUCACCGAGCUUGUACAAGAACUUGAACGAUACAUUGGCCAUUCCAGAGACAACAAUUCCAAGUGGACCGAAAGGAUCAAGUGGGCACUUUCAAAGCCCAGAAUUUUGUACCUCCGAGCAAGCAUCGGAUCUUACAAAACCACCCUUCAUCUCAUGCUGACGAGCCUCGAUUGGGCUCGACGAAUAAACAAGCGCAGGACGUCAACUAUUAGCGCUGUUGGUCCAGGGAGUGACGCGCAGCAAGAGGCUCUUGUCAAUAGCUUGGAACUUGCACACAGAGCCUCCAUUGCAGAUCUGGCGGACCUUGAGAAGCAGGUUGCUGCACAAGAGCUUACUCUACUUGAGGACUACUUUCAAUUGUCUCCGAUGGACAAAAGCGAGUAUCCUCCAAGCUCCCACACAACGUCCUCUUCCAAAAAAAUAUCCCCGUUAGUCGAAUCUGUGCGAGAACAGCUGGAGAGUCUACGAGAAAGUAGAGCAAGAACCCUCAUCUUCAGACUUUCGAAGGGGAUCCAUGAUUCCAAGCUCUCGAACGUACCUGUAAGAAAUUCUCUUUGGCUGUCCUCUGAACAGCUCAACCUGAGGAGAUGGCGCUCUUCAGCGUUGCUCGAUAAUCUGGACGCGCCGCUCGAUGGAUUACCUUCAUCGAGCUCAUCCGACUCCAGGCACUCGCGACGGACGACCCAAAUUUUCGAUGGCAUUUUUCAGGCUCCAUUGCAGCCGAAUGUUGAAACCCGCCAAGACAAUUCCGACAGCUCAAGUCUUGAAGACCUCGAAGAUACAACGCAUGUUGAGAUGACUGUUGGAUACUUUUAUGAAGCAGCUGAAGCCUUUCAGGAAUGGAUGGGCAAUCUGCCUGAUCUAGAGCGGGCAGAGGCUGCGAGAAUCUUCCUGGACAAAAUGGCAAGCCCCACCCGCUUCCACCAUUCACUCGUCCAGCCAUCGGGCGCCCAAGGAGAUUAUGAAAACUCUAGUUUUCAUGGGGAAUCUCCAACUUCGAGGGAUCCAGCCGUUCAUUUCCCAGCUCUGACGGUUUCGCCAUCGUCUUCACCACUGCCGCCACCAUCUCCUCUUACGGAUCCAGUCUGGGAAGAGCCUAAUUCAGAUCUAUCAUAUCCAGAAGAGAGCGAACGAUUCGAAGUUUACAAGAACUGCCGCGUCUCCGUCGAUGAUCCUGCUUACAAGAUCUUACUGUCCGGGCUCAAAGAAUACGACAUCGAUGAGGACUGGAGGCAGUAUUCUUUAUGGGCUGUGUCUGGCGAUCACGAGCAUUGCCUCGAUUUAAACGAACGGCCAUUGUCCCUUUUCAAGCAGUCUUCAGAUCAAGGCCACGAUAAGCCUAAACUGGUGAUCCGGAAGGUCAGCGCUGGCUCGGAGAAGAAUUCAUCAGCAACGCUAGUCCCGGGGAUUUGCGUGUAA